AUGUCAAAUCUUGAGCAGGCCAUUUUGACCUUAUAUGAUCCGAGCUUGCCUCAGCAUCUCAAGCAGCAAGCUCUCAAUUUAACAGAGUCCACAAAGGCUGAUCCUUCAUUUUACCAAUAUGCGCUACAGAUGGUUUUGGAUAUCAAUCUUGAUCAUCCCAAUUCCUUAACUUUAAUUUUCUGAUAUUUGCAGGCUAUAGAAGACAUGUUUACUCCUCCCCUCUUUGAGAGAACAAAAAACAUUGGAAAAAAAUCCAUAUUUUCGCCCAAAAACCCACUCUCCGCGAGCGAACAAAAUAUGUUUUAUGAAAACUGUUUUAAUAUAUAAGUGAUAAUUAGAAUAAUGAAAUCUCAGAAUUAUGUUUAAUUUUAAACAGCUUGUAUUUUAUAAUAUAAGUUUUACCAUUAAAUAAAUAUUUGCUUUCUAAUUUUUGCAAAUUGGGAUAAAUUUCGGAAAAAAAUUACUAUAAAAUUUAUAUAUAAAUUAUUUUAAAGAAAAACAGUAACCCCAUUCCUUGAUCGAACAAAAUUAUUUUUGUUCACAGAAAGGGGGAGUUAGGGAAAAACUACAUUACCUACGAUCAGGCUAGCCGUGAUGCUAUCCACAGAUUUUUUGUCAUGGUUAUCGAUAAUAAGCCUAGCCUCCUUGAGCUUCAUUAUAGUAUCCUUAAUAAAUUUGCCUUACUUUAUGUAAGAGCAGUCCAAAACGAUUUCCCAUAUAUUUGGCAAGACGCUUUUAGCAUUUUGAUUGAAAGAGCUCCUAGAAGGGAUUCUUAUAUGAAGCUUUUAUUUACAGUCUUAAAAUUAUUCAAUGAAGAAUUCGCUGAGGAAUUAGGAUAUUUGACGCAAGAACAGCUCAGAAGAUCUAACGAGCUUAAAGAUGCCAUGAGAGAGAGCGUCCUUAGCCCAGCAGCUACUUUAUGGCUACAAACCUUACAAUCAGAAAACCUCCAAUUAAUAGCGGCUACUUUCCAAGUGAUUUCUCCAUAUAUAGACUGGAUUCCUAUUGAAAUCACAUUUACUUUUAUACCAUUCAUGAUAAAGUACGUCUCCAAUGAAGCCUGCCAAAUCCCAGCUAUCAACUGCUUAGAGAGUGUAGUAGCCAAGCGAAUGGAUCCAAAAAAGAAGCUGGAAAUAAUUGAUCAAAUCGGCUUAAUUCCAUUUCUACAAGGUAUAAAUUUGGAUAAUUUUGAUAUGCUUUCUGACGUCCCAAAAGCUGUUUCUAGCUUAAUUGAUACUUUAGGCUCAAAUCUAAUUGACGCAGAAGUUCUAGGCCACAUCCAAAUAGUGCUUGAGAUGGCUUUAAAGUGUCUAGACUCUGCUGACACAAAUAUUUCAAAAAUUGUGAUUGGGUUUAUUGGCAAAUACAUUCAUUACUUAAAAAGCAAAGAAUAUCAGCAACCACCUGUGCUUCUGACAGACCAAGAAAAAAAUAAUAUCAGCUUAAUCUGUAUGACUCUCAUCAAGAGAUGCCAAUUUCCUUCAGAUUUUGAGCAUGUAGGCCCUGAAAACUCAGAUGAAGAAGACCAAUUUUAUAAGUACAGAAAAGAACUAGCAGAUUUAUUUAAAAAACUUCUGCAAGUUGAGUCCACGAAGGAGCCAGUGGUAGACUAUUUGAUAUCUUCAUUUAAUGAUAUUUUGGGAAAUAUUCAAAAUUUCACAGUAGAGCAGCUAGAGGUGCCUUUAUUUUUGUUUUUCCAUUUAGGAGAAAGUUUGACAGAUUUAAGCACGCUGUUGACGACUGAUACAAAAUAUUCAUUUUUAAUGAGAGCAAUUUUGCAGUCAAACUUAAAAGCGUCGAACCAUAAAAUCAUAUUAAGGCAAUAUUUUGAGAUUGGAGUUAGAUAUGGGACAUUUUUCAGCAGAAAUGAGCAUAAGCAGCUUAUUGAAAACCUUUUGGAGCCAAUGAUUAGGAAUAUGUCAAACCAAGACGCUGACGUCUCUAACUCCCCCUCUAUGAGCAAACAAAAAUUUGUUUAAUAUAAAAUUUUUUAAAAAAAUUUUUUAGUAUAUAAGCAGUAAUUAGAUUAUGAAAAUCUCUAGCUAAUUCUGUUUUAAUUUAAAACAUAGCAUUUUGCAAAUUAAAUUAAUAUUUGCUUUAAAAUAGUAUUGAAUAUGGAUUUUUUUUAAAUUUCGAAAAAAUCAUUUACUAUAAAUUUAUAUUUAAUCUUCUUUUAAAUAGAAAUCAACCUUGUGAGAAGCAAAAUUAUUUUGUCCGCUCAUUGAAGGGGAGUAAGCAUGCAAUUUACAUGUUUUCAAGACUUGCUUUAAAAAUCCCAGCAGCAAUUGUUCCUUAUUCAAGACCAGUAUUAGAAGUAAUACUGAACAGAAUUAAGCAAGGAAAUAUCGAUGGGGAAUCUGAAAAAAAUCUUUACAAAGCUAUCGGGUUAAUCAUUGGCUGCAGAUCUAAUGAUUUAGCUACACAAGAAUCAUGCCUGGAAUCAGUUAUAAAUCUUCUUGGCCAACAAAUAACUCCAAAUGCUUUACUUUAUAUCGGAGAAGUCUUAUCAGGAUUUGGCCGCAAAGUCCCUGUUGAAGUCCAAAUAAAAAUUUCCCAGCUAGCUCAAAAAGUAGUUGGGUCUAUGCUUUCUACACAACUAUCCCCAGAGCUCCACAAAUCUCUUGUAUAUUUUGCCCAAAAGCUUGUGGAAACGAUGGAAGAUGACUCAAGUCCUUAUAUAAAAGAACUUAUCAGCUAUUUGAUAUCCAAUUCUACACUCGAUAAUAUUGAAAGUGUCUUCAAUGUAAUUUUUAUUUAGCUUAUCACUCAAGUCUGUCAGAAAUACAAAACCAAUGCAAAUUCCACUAUUUCUCCAUCGAUCACUUUUUCCAUUGUAAAAAUGAUGAUCACGCAAGUCCCAAAGCCAGUAGAAACUAUCAGUGAUAUUUCUCAGCAAGCUAUUUCUAUUAGAAGGUCAUUUGUAAAAAUGAUCGAAGUUUUUAUCAGUAAAGAUGUGGAGUUUCUCAAUGCAGAAGACUUUGGGGAUUUCAUAAGGUAUAUAGGAGAAAUUGGUUGCAAUAUUAUAGAGGGAAGCACUGUGAAGGUAGCGAUUAUGAUCCUCUCAAAGCUGAUAGAAAAGUUAGGCCCUGGUCAUGCUUAUUCAAGUGAUAUUAUUUCUGUAGGAUAUCAAGUCAGCUGCUCACUGUUAAGAAGUAGCCUGAAUGUGAAAAGCCCUGAGACCUCACAAAUUUCUGGUGAAAUUGCAAAAUUGCACUUGGUUAUCAUGAAUUUUAUGAAAGUUACACAAAAAGAAGAGCUCUUCAUCCAAAAUUUGAGAACAACAAUUAGCCAACUAAGGUCAGACGAGUAUAUUGAGCUUUUAAAUAACUGCUAUAUCCUACAGAAUUCACAAGAAAACGAAAGAAAAGCAGCUUUUAACCAAAGCCAGCAGUCUAUGAAAAUGAUCAUUACUGGGGAAAUUGAGACAAAUCAGAUCUUAGCAAAAUCAAGUAGUUAA